CUUUCAGAGACCAAGGACCACAUCCACUUCCUGCAGACUUUCUCAACUUGCUCUGUCCUUCCUGCUGAUGGAGACUCGCUCAGCUCUACUGUCACGGUUGAGUUUUCUUCUGAGGACCUGCUAAAGGAGCUGUCAGGUCUGAAAAAGAGUCUGGAGAAGAUCAGCCAGCAGGACAUCCUGACAAGGAUUCGACAAGAUCGUGAAGCUCCAAUCUUUACCCUACAGCCUCCACAACCUCGGAGCAGAGAGGAGUUUUUACAAUACUUCUGUCCCCUCACACUGGACAUCAACACGGCACAUAGAGACCUCCGUCUGUCUGAAGGGAACAAGAAGGUGACAUAUGAGGGGACAGAGACUGAAUAUCCUGAACACCCUUACAGAUUUGACUACUGGUGCCAAGUUCUAUGCACAGAGGCUCUGACUGGGACUCGCUGUUACUGGGAGGUGGAGGGUAGUGGACACAUCAUGAAGAUCGGAGUCGCAUAUAAAGGACUGAGAAGGAAAGGAGGGGGCGAUGAGUGCCGCCUUGGAUACAAUGACAAGUCUUGGAGUUUGCAGAGGUCUGUUUUCCAGUGCUCUGUGCGUCACAAUAACAAGAGGACUGUAAUCCGCGCCCCCUACAGCCCCAGAAUAGGUGUGUAUCUGGACUGGCCUGCUGGCUCUCUGUCAUUUUAUAGCGUCUCACACACAAUGACCCUCCUGCACAGGUUCAACACCUCCUUCACUGAGCCCCUCUAUCCAGGGUUUAGUGUUGGUCUUCACUCCAGUGUAACAAUCAGCCAAAUGACACCAUGUGACCAGUGACCAGUAUCCUCCACUGGUCACUUGAUGUCCCCACAAGCGCAGGUCCUUUUUGUGUUUGUAGUUUAGGGUGAAAUUAAUUUAACAGGUUGUUGGGGGUAGCACCUCUGUGAUUAAAUUUGUGGAUGAGAAUGCGGGGCCAGUGCCGCUGUCAGGGUCUCCAUUAUUAUUGGGUUUGAGUAGCCAAUCGGGUGUGUGUGUCAUAGUGGGGGGCAGAGUCACUUCAGACCUACAAAUACCAGUCUGACCAGCACAAGUCACUGUUGAUUCACAGCCACAUGUCCUUCAGGCUGACACCCCUACAACUACUGAGGCCCCCAAGUGUCACUGAAUGUCACCUUUUAAGUAGGACAGGCGUGUGGUUCUGCUGGAUCAGCACAACUGAAAGGCGCUAUACAGAAUCAAUAUCGAGAGCUCUUGAAUAGUGACUAUAUGUAGGAGCAGAGAGUUAUAGAUGGGACUGGAGUGUUGUCCACUCACAAGGCAUGUUGUGACCCUCCAUUGGUCACUCAAAGGGUCCAUCACUUCAGAAUGAAUUCACUGUGAAUGUCUGAAGACGAGGACUCACCGGUCAGUCAGAUUUCGGCCAUACUGACAGAGUUUGGUGUUUUAGUUGAUGUCACAUUAAACUUUAAACUGCACCUACUCCUUGUCGCCAGAUUUGUCACUCUUGGUACCCUGAAAGCUCCAACAUCUUCAAAAAAUGAAUUCUUGGUGAGUUGGCACACACUUGACAUGGGUGCACAUGUGUGGCUUUGCAGUGGACUGGCACCCCAUCCUGGGUUGAUCCACCUUGUCCACAAACCUGAAAUUGAAAAGCGGAUAAGAAAGACAAUGAAUGGAGAGAAGGGGUUAUUGAUUGAUCAGUCGCCAAACUACUGCCUCUAGUGGCCACUCUCAAUAUUAAAUGAAUGGCAAGGCUGAGGGGGAGGAAAGAUUUGGGUUUGAUCAAAUGGAUAUUUAGUGUGGAUUUCUUAAUAUUGUCAUUAGCUUUAAGGAGAGUGCAGCUUUGUUAGGUUAUGGAAGAUUCUCUAUGAGAAAAGAACAUUUAUUUGAAUUAAGCUUUUUAAUAAUCGUUAUGUAUUAACAAAAUAGAAAUCUAAUAAUUGUUUACAUUUUGUAUAAUAAACUCCCAAUGGUGUUUGGUGAAUAAACAAUAAGGAUGACUGACAUUUGUCAAAUCUGCUCCUCUGUGACCUUCUGACUUGUCACCACCUCUGGUCACAUCUCUUGUGUUGUCUGAUCUGAAGAUAUAACACUCCGUAUUGAUGAUCCAUUUCUUAAUAGCGCUGGAAAAGUCAGAAUAUGCUUUUUAAUUCUCAAGACAAUGGGGUGAGUAACAAAUAAGAUGUUGAUUUGGAUUGAAUAUUUGAUUUGUAAGUCUAGCAGUGAAAUCGAUCAUUUAGACCUGAGCAGUGCUCUCCAUUCAACAUCUGAGUGUCUGCGCUCUGUCAUGUGUACUGUGUGCCCCUGUGUGUCCGCUGUGCCCACUCCAUCCUGCACCCCCACACACACACUACUGAGAUGUUCAGUUAAUAAUAAAGAUGGACAUUAAAUGGUGAAUUUGACACUCAUGGACACCACAAGAAGUUGAAGUGCAUUGAGGACUGAAGUCAGCUAUGAUGUUUCAUUUUGGGUUUUAAUUUCUGCCUUUAAUGAGUUUCCAUUUUCUUUCAACUUUUUGCUAUUUUUAUGAAUUGCUUUGUAAAUUGAUUUGUUUUUGUUGUAUGUAAGAUGUGCUGAUGUAUAUUUUGUUUUUAAAUCUUUAUGUAUUUGGUUAGUUUUGUUGUCCCUCAUUUCUUGUGAAGCCCAAGGGGCGGGGCCACUUGACACUGCAGCUGGAGCUCCGCCCCCAGGGCUAUUUAAGAAGAAGCUGCAAAUGAAAGAGCCGCUCCAACACUGGACUCUCUCCUGUCUGGUGGGCUCUGCUUUAUGUUUUGAUGUUUGGUGGUCCUUUUGGUCUCCUGCUUUAGGUUUGUUGGGAUU